CGUUGCCGAGAAUACAAUACACAAAAGUACCUACGGGAGAAUUAUCGUCAUCGUCAUCAUCAUCCGCAUCAUCGCCGCCAGUCGACUCGCCGAGUUUUAUUGUAGCAGCGACGACUACGCGGCGCGGUACUUGGUGGGUUACCAGCCAGCCGCAGGCACAGGCCACAGGCCGCAAGAAGAGCGAGAAUAUGAAAAAUAAAUUCGCGAAUCGUAUCUCUUUCAGUACGAGACUUCAUGUCGCUCGAUUCGGAUCUAACAAAUUGUCUUAUUGCCGUGUGGCGGUCGUUAGAGUUUGAACGGUUUGUGGUUUGUCUACCCUUUGAUUAUUACCGGAUCCGGUCUUACGGUUGAUGAUUCUAAGCAAUAAGUCCACUGCCGACGCGCGUACCUAGAUCUACGCGUACAAGUUUUUCCUGAGAUCGAAGAAGUGCCUAUGAAUUCAAGCCUACUAGCAAAGAGUUUUACGGAAACGCAGAGGGAGAAUUAGUAUCACUGCCACCUAAGUUUCAGUGCCUUCUAAGUGUUUUAGAGCAGCCCGUGGAUCAAACCAGAAGCAAUUUGGAGAACUCAUUACCUCCAGGCAGAUAGAGUUUGAAGAAUUCUUCAGUGCCUUCUUGUGUAUGAUCUACGCUUCUUCUAGGGAAGCAGAGAGGCAGCCGGUGGAGCCGUAAAAUUUAAUAACAAUUUCGCGUUUUUUUUUCUUCUCCAUCCUUUUGGCGUUCUGCUGCUGCCAGUCAGUGUGUUGUUGUUUUGUUGCUGACUAUGAAAUAACGAGAAUAAAAGUGAAUUUUCGGUCGGUUGGCUUCUUUUCGCCUUCGCUUUCGAUUGGCUGGCUGCCUGCCUGAUGCGGUCUUCUCGCUAUACCUAGCGCGCGACACACAUACGGCAGCUUGGCUAGUUUUGUUACGUUUGUUCGGCUGUUGGUGCCUACCGCAAAUAAUAUCUACAAUAAGUAAGAGAAGGUGUCUGUAUAUAACCCAAAAGUGGUGUGUUUGUCGAUCCCGCGGAGAUACCAAGAUUCUCUCAGAAGAAGAACCCUCGCGCACAGGAAGAGAGCCCGGCAGAUUGUAAUUAUCCACUGUACUAUAAACAUACUGCCUUGCUAGGGUGCUGCGUGUUAUUCUCGUGUUUUUCGUGGUUGCGUAGAUCGCGUGGAGGAUCUGAAGACGGAGCGGGAGGGUUGGUGGCGUAGCGUUCUAUAUACCUCGUAUUUUGGAUAGGAAGAAACGCUGGAUGGUGUUACCCGGGGAGAGUGAAGUGUGGUGCCCCAAGAAUUCCGGAAUUGGGGAAGAAAAAUAAAUAGGUGCCUUUGCAGAAGCAGCAACUGAACGCUGUGCCGGUAUCGCUUGUUUGCUGAACAGAAGAAGCGCUGGAGCCCGGUAAAGCCAGAAAAUGAUGGAUAGUUGGAUGCAAGAAGUGGUUUCCAUGAUGGCUGGCGAGGGGACACCCGCGCGGAUCAAACAGGAAUUGAUUGAAACCUCCUGCUGUAGCCCGUCACCGUCAUCCGGGGGAAGCCUAUCGCAGAAUCUGCUCUACGGCUCAUCGCAGAAUGCUAAGAUGGACUACAAAUGUACCAGCAAUAACGACAUCGGCCAGCUAACGGAACUACACAGUGGCAGCUCCGCCAACAACGGUGGACCGCACUCGCCUGGUUCACCGGAUCGACAGUUCUGCAGUUCGACUACCUCGGCGAUUGGUGAUUUCGGGAGCGACAGCACAAAUCAGGACGCGAUAAAAGAAGAGAUACCCCGCCGGCUGUGUCUUGUGUGUGGCGAUGUGGCCAGCGGAUUCCACUACGGUGUGGCAAGCUGCGAAGCUUGCAAAGCAUUUUUCAAACGGACCAUUCAGGGCAAUAUCGAGUACACCUGUCCAGCUAGCAACGAUUGCGAAAUCAACAAACGGCGGCGAAAAGCGUGCCAAGCCUGCCGAUUCCGAAAGUGUCUUCUGAUGGGAAUGCUGAAAGAAGGCGUCCGAUUGGACAGGGUACGCGGGGGUCGUCAGAAGUACCGACGAAAUCCUUGCGCCAACCCGUACCAGCUACAGCUGACCCAGUCCAGCUCGCAGUACACACCGCAAACGUUGGAAGAUAUCAAAAUUCUUGAAGUAUUAUCCUCUUUCGAGCCGGAUCCACUGACCAUUGGGCACGGAUUUGAUCUUAUGAACAGCAACAGCGGCGGCAGUAGCAGCAGCAGUAGUGACCACGAUGGCGACGGUAAGGCCGCUACUACUGACUCGCGUAUGGUCAUGGGCGCGGACGCACAGGAAAUGCUCAGUGUGCUCAGUGAUAUCUACGACAAGGAGCUGGUCGGUGUGAUCGGUUGGGCGAAACAGAUUCCCGGCUUUACCGAUCUGCCACUGAACGACCAGAUGAGGUUACUGCAGGUGAGCUGGGCGGAGCUACUUACGCUGAUGCUGGCACACCGUUCGAUACCAUACACUGGUAGGCUGUACUUUGCGACGGACUUUUGGCUCGAUGAACGAUCUGCCAAGGAGUGUGGCGCUUUGGAUUUAUAUAAUCAUCUCGCGCAGAUUACCCAACGACUAGAGAAGAUCUCGGCAACUAAAGAGGAAUACUACCUCUUGAAGGCGCUAUCCCUGUCGAACUGUGAUAUCCGGUUGGAUAACUAUGGCGCGUUGAAGAAGAUACGGGACAGCAUCCUGUACGCUCUGAAUGACUGUGUACUGCUGUUGAGGCACAACCAAGCAGUUUCCCAUCAGCAGCAGUUGUUGUUGCUUCUACCGUCACUGCGCCAGGCCGACUACAUUAUCCGCAAGUUCUGGACCAACGUGCACAUAGAGGGCAACGUCACCAUGAACAAGCUGUUCGUAGAGAUGCUGGAAUCGGUAUCGCGAUAAGCUCGUUUCGUUCCCCCGUCGCGUCGUGUGAGUGAGUCAAACUAUACUAGGGUAGGUGUGCCCAGACUCACCCUCCGUGAAACCCCUAGCUAUCUCCCUGUCUCUCCCAGAGACGUAGCAGGAAACAAAUCCCGGUGAUCUCUAUCAUCACACAGACACACAAACACACACUAUCACAUACACAUACUGACGACAUGAAACUCAUCAAACGACAACUACAUUACGAAGCAGAAGUACACCCAUAAUAUCUCGUAUUUAUCUGUAAAUGCCUCAGUGCUUCAAGCGAGAACUUUUAGAUCGGGGUGAUUUAAUCGUUUUACAGCGGUCAGAGUAGCGUGAAGUUUGAAAAAGUGAAACAUUUUACAGUUUAUAAGGUCGUUAUGUUUUUUUUACCAUGCAUUAGAAAUUUUAAGAGACAUUAGUCGUUAGGUCAUCAGCCCGGUCAAGUGUGGAGCACGGGACUAGUUUUUUUUUAUCGAAAUUGUUGUACCUUUUCCUUUUUUUAUUUUAAAAGUUUUUAAAUGUGCCCCCCUAUGGCUUAUGUGACAAUGAAGUCAAUGAAAGUGACGGUAUUCUUUUUGCAUCUUGAAUCUCCAAGGCGGUUUUCUUUCUCUUACAUAAACAAUUUGGAUGGAGCUCCUCGGCCGUUAACGUUCAUCUUACUAAAUAAGAUUUCUUACGUGAUUACCAUUACUAGGUUUAAGUAGUCGAUUCGAUCAGUAAAUUUUUGGGAGAUGUCAAGGAUGAGUUUUAAUAACAUGGGUAGGGAAUGCAUAGCUACAAUUCUAAAUUUAUCCUGGGUAAAAUGAUUGCCGGACAGUUACUACAGAAUAUGGGAUAGCCUUGGUAGUUCUUCAUUAAGGACGAGGAUCGCAAGGGCAAAAUGUACAUGUAUCUGCAAAACGAUGUAUUUUCAAUGCAAGACGUUUGUCUCCAUUAAAGUUUUUGUCAUGAUGUGGAGCAUGCCUUGCCAUGAAAAUGUAGUUGGCAACUGAUUCGCAUAGUUGGCGCCACAAUCUAACUUUUUAUUGCGACACUUGUUUAGAUAUAACGUCUUCGUGAAAGUUGUUCAUUUAAUUCUUAGAACUCAAUAUAGCCUACAAUUGCGUGUAAUUGAGUCACUUUGAGUAUUUCAGAUCGAAAAGUAUGUUGUCAUUAAAAGACACACUGAAAAGAUGACUGAGAUAUAUAAAGUAUACGAGUUGUUAAAUUUGCUAUAACCAAUUGUUCAUCCUAACAAUUGUCAUUCCUAAAUUUGAACAGUUCUUCAAGUUACAAUGCUGAAUUUUUUGAACUUAAAAUCUUUAAGACUAUGUAGCCAAAAUCAUGCAAAGUUUUCAAUGAUAAUGUUUUUAUUACUGAUUUAUUUUUUGUCAAUUCCGGUUCAAAUUGCACUGUUGCACUAUAAAUAGAAAGAAAACUUUAAACCUAAACAUUACAGAAGACUAAAAAAUGCAAUAUCACAUCCAAAAUGUGACCAUCCGCUUUGAAAUGCCCAGUAGGAAUCUCUAGAAUUUUAACAGCAGCAUAGAAAAAUCGACUGAACCGAGGAUCACACUUGUUCUGGAUGCAACAGGACUACAAAAACAAUUCGUUCGUUUAUGGAUGUUGUUACAUACCACACCCGUUAACACAACAAGUGGUUUACAGUACAAUUUUUAAUUAUCUAAGAACGCAGACCUCAACUACAAAACAAGUUUUAAUCAAUCGAACCACAUCGCAGCAUUGUCCUGUCCAGCAGGAGCGUUCAAAAGUGUGAAAAGAUUUACAGGAUCGAGUCUUUGUAUUCAAGAAUCGCCUUCUAUUGGUUGGUGUAACAGACUUACCAUUACCCUUAGCUACCACCCGCAUCAGCUAAUAAGAAGAAUAAUAGUCGGUCAUGUGAGCAAUCGACGCGAAAGUUGUGUAUUUAUUAGGAUUUAGACGAGAAAACAAAAAUGUUGCCAGCUGGAACGAAAAGAGAUACAUUAGCCAGCUGACAAUGAGUGCAGAAAACCAUUGUGUAUGAUUAAAGUUAGAGAACGGACUAAUGUAAUUUUAGAGAUGAACCAUUAUAUAACAAUUUAACCUUACAAACUUAGAGCCGCGUGGAUUUACCGAUGAGGGAGCGAAGAGGGCAACGGAAUGAACCGUCAUCAGUGACGAUUGGUAAAGUUGUGAGUCGCGGAAAAAUACUUUACACUGCUAAAAUCAAAACAAAAAUACCACUAGGAUUCAGAAGGUAGGACAAAGGUGAAUUCAACUGCAAUAAAUUACAUAGAAAGAGGAA